ACAUGAUCGGGGUGCAAGGCUCGGCCACGGGGCUGCUGGGGGGCUGGCUGUACACCCUCCUGCUAACGCUGUUCAUCAUCCUCCUCCUCUCUGGCAAGUUUGGAGGGCGACCUAAGAACUUCCCGCCAGGCCUGAUGAUCCUCCCCUUCGUGGGUUCCCUGCAGUGCUUGCCGUUCGGGCCAAGCACGGAGAUGCUUCGUGGCCUCAGGAAGAAGUACGGCGACAUGGCGAGCUUCGGUAUUUUGGGCAACAGGAUAGUGUUGGUGAGCAGCGUCAAGCUCAUCAAAGAAGUGUUUAUCCUCCCGGUCACCUCACACCGACCUAACAUGAUCUUCACCACCGCCGCGAGCGUAAUCAUGACCGACGGAAGAUGCUCGGCGACUGGUUUACUAGGCACGUCCGGGAGAAUGUGGCAGGACCAGCGGCGUUUCGUGCUCCACCACCUCCAUGACCUCGGUUUCGGGAAGAAUAGCUACGAGCCCAUGAUGCUGGAGGAGAUCACCGAGUUGUCGGACCGCCUAGCCAAGCAGGAGGGCAAGGCACUGGAAAUAAAGCAUCUUUUCAACUGGUGCGCCCUCAACACCCUCUGGGGCAUGAUCAUGGGGAAGCGCUACUCAUACGACGACCCAAAAAUGGUGGAGGUUAUGAAUGCCUUGUUUCAACCCGACGAUUUCAACGUGCUAAAGCCCCUGCAGCACAUCCCCCACAUGCUCCACGUUUUACCCUACCUCCCGACCAUGCAGAAGGACAUUAGAAUGAUGAAAGAUGCGAUGAAAUUCCUCAAGGAGGAAAUUAAGGCGUUCCUCGCUGAUGAGGAGCUCAGGAACGGCAGUAAUUUGACGGCCAUUUACGUGAAGGAGAUUGAGAAGAAUGAAAAUCCGAACCGUAACAUGGACCAGCUGGCGGGACUGAUCUUCGACAUGUUCGCGGCCGGCCAGGAGACCAUCGCAAGAACCUUCUGCAUGGGCGUGUACCUGAUAGCCAAACACCCGCACGUGCAGCGCCGCCUACAGGAGGAGCUGGACGACGUGGUGGGCACGGACAACCUCCCUUCAAUGCUUGACGUGGAACGGUUGCCUUACCUCCAAGCCACCGCGAAUGAGGUACAGAGAUUAUUCAAUAUCCUCAAGAUUUCUGUGCCACACAUGGCCAGCGAGGACUGCCAGCUGGGCGGCUACGACAUCCCAAAAGGAACGUGGCUGCUGCCUAACCUGGAUGAUGCCCAUACAAGCCCCGAGUACUGGAAGAAACCCCAGGAGUUUGAUCCUCAGAACUUCCUUGAUGAAAAUGGAAAGUUCAAGAAUAACGAAGCCUUCAUUCCGUUUGGAGUGGGUAGGCGCGUGUGUAUUGGGGCAUCGUUUGCCAAGAUGGAACUGCUACUGUUCGUCAGUCACCUCUUCCAAAGGUUCACCUUCACCGUGGUGAAAGAAAUGACACCGUUCAGCGAAGACAAUCCAACGUUUAACGCCCCGCCAAACUGCACAGUCAGCGUCAAGUGCCGAUCCCAGAAACACGCCAGCCGAUAGAGUUGGUCUGUCGACACCCUCUUCAUCGGCCUAUACCGGAUAAAGGUCCAUGGUCCAACGGUCACGAUCCUCCAAGUUAAAACAACCCCACCACCUGCCUUUAUUAUUGAGAAGAGUCACUGCCUGCGAUGUAGUGAUUCCUGCGGCUCAAGGUAAAAUGGAAACUGAUUUUUUUUUCCAUAAUAUCACUUUUCAUUGGUAGUGUACUGUAAGUAGAAUGCAUUCAGCUAUUAUUUGUCCAACUCGCCUAAUAACUAUUAAGAACAUAAGAACGUAAGGAGUCUGCAAGAGGCCGGUUGGCCAAUACACGGCAGCUCCUGUAAUACAGGGCAGAUCAUGUGCCAUACAAAGUAGUUCCUUUAAUACAAGACAGCUCCUGUUAAUACAAGCCUGUUAAUACGAGCCUGCUAUCAAAUAUGCAAUAGCACUAGUCUCUUUCCAUUUUAGUUUUCAUAAUUUUACAAAGAAAGUUGUUAGUGCUUCAUUACUUCAAAUAUGAAACGACAAGAAAUAUUACAAACCAGUUUUCCGGUCGCAUCAUCAAAAAGGUAUCCAACGAGUAAACAAAAAAAUCACGUUUCAAACGUUUAUUGCAUAAGAGACGGUCGAGGUUUACAUGGGUGAGUUUUGUGUGUGCGUGUAGUGCUCUGGAUCCUGGUGGAACGAGCUCGUGCAGAGAGCAGAGUGUUAGGAAUGUUUGUGUGUGCUGAGGAUUGCGUAAGCAUGUUAUUAAGGAUGCUGUUCAAAGAUAAAAAUGCAUGAGAAUGUGAACGCGUGAUUGAAUGGAAAUUUAAAUACCAUACAUACACAUACAUAUACAGACUUAAAUAACACAUAUAAUCUCCUGUUCUCUUCACAUAAACAGUAUUUUUGAGGGCACAUUUCAUUCGGUCCUUGUCAUUAAAUUUGUUCAGCAAGGAAGCCUGAGAAGGUACAUGGUGUAGGCAUAAAUGGAAUUACCUGCGUUUCCUUGAGGCGUUUUAACUCCUAUCCCUAAAACUGUCUAACGAGGAAGCCUGAGAAGGUUGUGUAGGCCUCCUCGUAGGGGUGCUCGUAGAGGCUCCCGUCCUGCAGCUCCAGAUACACCCUUUCGCUCGCGUUGAGGAAGAGCAGCGACGAGUUGGAGCCUUGCUGGUAGUCGAAGGAGCUGCCGUGCUCUGUGCUGGCGAGGCCUAGAGGAAGGGAUAGAAAAAAAAGCAUACCAUAUUGCCACUAUAGUCGGUUCCACCAGACCUGGUGGGCCUAAGCCUUCAGGGGUGGACUUGCGGACUUGGCAUCAUUGCUUGGAUGAAGGUACUGCGCGCUCAUUGGAAAAUUCUUAACUUGUUCCAACGCGCAUAAAAUUGACUUUGUAUUCCUACCAAAACCCUUUUUGAGCAGUAAUUUAACAGAUUGCACCGAUAAAAAAAAACUAAUGCAAUAAUAUCUUUAUUAAUAAGUAUGUGCCUUUUGAACUAUUGUAAAUAAAUCUAAAACGACAUUCGUAACAAAACUAAGUCGGAACUGCACGUGAACGGACAAUGUCAAGCGGCUGAAGCGACUGUUAAUUAAGGCUAUACUUUUUUUUACUAGUACUUUUUAUUACUAAAAAGUGCUAGGCUAAAGCCUUCACAGUGUCACUCGUUAAUUAACUCAUUUAUUGUAAGAUUUCUUGGUAUAUUUUUUAGUCCUGACUCAGUCAUAAUGUGUAGUGAUGCUACGUAGCCAUAACAUACACAUUGACCUACGGCAAAAA